ACUGAUCCCUGUUGUGUGUCGCACAGAAAGCUGUCCUACUGGAUCUGCUUGAUUCCUGCGGUGACUGCGGCAGUGUGGCUCAGCCUACAGUUUGUGGAGGGAAUAGGUGUCUACACGGAAUUUUUAAAAAAUGGCAAAAAGAAGCUGACAACAGGAGGCUGUGAUUAUGUUCUGAGACCAGGAGGAACCUUUAUGACGUGAGGCUUCAGGAUGGACAAAGAUGGUCAGAAGCCAAAGACCUAUGUGUCCACGUUCAGACUGGCCCUCAAGCCUCAAGCCAAACCUCAGAGUGUGGGGAAGAAAGAUAAAGAAAAUGGACUGGAUACCACAAACCUGCCAGCAAGGGGCAACAACAAACUUGGAGUCUCAUUUGCAACAGAUACCAGACACACACAAAUCCAGGCACUGGCAUCACCUCACUUCAAGGAGCCGCUCCAGGACUGCACUGUGUGUGAAGGAAGUGAUGCUACCUUUCAGGGUGUUAUCACUGGAAGUCAGCCUCUGAGUGUUUCCUGGCAACACAAUGGAAAGAGGGUGCUAACGAGUAACACGUCCUUCAGAAAUGGUGUCGCUGCUCUGGCUCUGAGUCGGUGUUCGCAUGGAAGUACUGGGACGUACACCUGCACAGCUGAGAACAGUGCUGGAAAACAGACGAGCAGUGCUGAGUUACAUGUCACAGGAAAGGCAAAAAAGGAAAUCCCAAGAGCAAGUAAUCAUGAGCAGCGCAGAGAGGUCACACUACCGGAACAUGACAAUACUGACUCGAUGAAUGAAGGUCCACCUACUCCUCCAGUCUCCACAGACAUCAGAAAUGUCAGCCGUCAAACACAAGACUCCUCUCGUAAAGGACCUCCUGUAGAGUUCAUUCAGCCACCUGAGCAGGUGGAGGUGCGGUUAGGAGAGCAGGCCCGGCUGCACUGUGAGUUCAGGAGCAGCUGUGUCCCUGUGGCCUGCUGCUGGAUUUACAACAGAGACAAAGUGGUAGUAGGAAGGCCAGGUAUGUCUGUGAGGAGCAGUAAGACCCGGAGCAGCGUGGAGAUCUCUCAGGCCUGUGCAGACGACACCGGCUCUUACACCGUCGUAGUGCGAAACCGAGAAGGCUCUGCCCAGCACACAGUCUCCCUCAGUGUCAUAGACCGACCUGACCCACCAGCAUCCCACCCUGUCGUUUCCAAACUGUCCAGUCAGUCCCUGGUUCUGUCCUGGACCGGCCCCAGCUAUGACGGAGGUACAGCCGUGCUGGGCUACAUCGUAGAGGUCAGACGAGAGGGCCCGGACGAGCCUGGGAGCUGGACCGAAGUAUCAAGCCGCUGCAAAAACACGUCUUACCGCGUCUGCUCAGGCCUGGAGCCUAAGGGCAAAUACCGCUUCCGUGUCAGGGCCUACAACUCUGCAGGGGUCAGCGAACCCAGCCAGGACUCUGACUGUGUCCAGAUGGCGACGGCGAAGGAAAAGAAGGAUGAGCUGGACUCGUACAUUACAGUGACCGUUGACACUAAACACAAGGUCAAGGACCACUACAAUGUGCAUGAAAAGCUGGGAGUUGGGAAGUUUGGCCAGGUGUUCCGGUUGACCCAUAAAGAGACGGGGGACAAUUAUGCAGGGAAGUUCUAUCAAGCCCGGACGCACAAGGCCAAAACUGCUGCCCGCAAGGAAAUUGAGCUGAUGAACUUUCUCCAUCAUCCAAAGCUGGUCCAGUGUCUGGCUGCCUAUGACACGCACUCCGAGCUGGUCAUGGUCAUGGAGUAUAUUGCAGGUGGAGAACUCUUUGAACGCAUUGUGGACGAGAACUUUGAGCACACAGAGCUGACCAGUGCCCGCUACAUGCAGCAGAUCCUGGAGGGCAUGCAGUACGUUCACAAGCAGAACAUCGUCCACCUUGACCUCAAGCCGGAGAACAUCGUCUGCGUGGACUCCACUGGCACACGCAUCAAGAUCAUCGACUUUGGCCUGGCCAGUAAACUGGACGAUAACGAACCUCUGAUGGUGAUGCACGGCACGCCAGAGUUUGUGGCCCCUGAGGUGAUUGGUUUCGAGCCCGUGAGCCUGGAGACGGACAUGUGGAGCAUUGGAGUCAUCUGCUUCAUCCUGCUGAGUGGAGAAUCCCCCUUCCAGGGGAACAGCGAUGCUGAGACUUUGGCUCUCGUGACUGCAGCCAGCUAUGAGUUUGACCAGGAGAGUUUUGAGGACAUUUCAGAUCAAGCUAAAGAGUUUAUCAGUUCCCUGCUGAAGAAAGACCCCAGUUGCAGGUUAUCGUGCACCGAGGCCCUCGCUCAUCCCUGGAUGGUCUCUUUCACCCCUCUGAAUCGCAGACCCACCAAAUCCCUCAAGAAGGAGAAGAUGAGACGCUUUCUGGCAAAGCGCAAGUGGAAGAAAACCGGCAAGGCUGUUUUGGCCCUACAGCGGAUGGCUAACCUCUCCAACAGGCCAGACUCUCCUGGCAGCUCCUCAGAGGAGCCAGGCUGGAGUCGAGAGGCAGAAGAAGCCAUCCAGUCGCUGGACAAGCAGCUUCAGACGGAACCAUGCUUCCAGCAAGCCCUGAGGGACGCCACCCUCCCCAGAGGAGCGACAGCUCAGCUAAGAUGCUGCGUCACCGGUUACCCACAGCCAAAAGUGAAGUGGCUUCAGAACGAGAAGCCGGUGCCUGAAUCGAACAGAGUGAACAUGGAGCAACAUGAAGACGGGCUCUGCUCUCUGGUUCUGAAAGAUCUGGAGCCUGCUGACUCUGGAGUGUAUGUGUGCCGGGCCAGCAACAAGCUGGGGGAAGCGAUGUGCUCGGCCAAACUCAGAGUGCAGCUGUGACUGUGAGGAAAAGCAGAGGAAAUGCACCGCAGUGAGUGCAGGUUUUCCUUAGCCUGAGGGAGAUUCUUCCUCAGAAAAAGUGACUUGAACAGUUGGAUUAAGUCUGGACUUCAGUACAUGAAUGGACAGUCACCACUCACUAUAUGCCACAUUAGGACACAAAGGUUGUCAUUAAACCAUGAAGGGAUUAAUGAGAUUUGGA